GUCAGGAGAUGAAUUUUUUUCUUCCCCCCCUCCUGCGCUGAGAAAAAAAAAGAGGAGGAAAGAAAAAAAAACCCUCAGAGCGCUAACAUGGGAGAGAAAUAAUAAUAUUAAAAAAGCCGUGUUGGGACACAUGUUGGGACGACUGGCCUCCUCCCGGCCCGCGUAGGUUGGUACCGGUGCUAAACAGCGAGUUGCCGCUCUGGUUGGAGUUGCCAAAUCAAUAAGCUAAUGGAGAUUGGCUGCUCCCGCUGCUGGACGUCUGCUUCCUGUUUCCUGUUUGACCGUCCCGAGUGUUGGAUCAGCCUGAACACGCGUUCAAACACACACACGCUCCCCUCCCCUACCUCCCCCUCAGCUCUGGCAGGCUAAGAGCCUCCUGAUCACCACCCUGUAAAUCACAUCUGUGCUUGAAUGCACACACACACACACACAAACACACACACAUCUAUUCUGCAACACACACACGACGAGCCGGGCACUCACUUGCCGUACAGCGUGGACAUCUACUCGACCAACCUGGCAGCGAUGACCUCGCACAGCCACCAAGAGGGAAUCCUGGGAAAGGAGCAGCCACUCGAGGUCCUGAAGACAUCAGCGCUCAACCACAUCCCAACAGUGGACAUCAACUCGGCGCUGCCCCUUCGUCUCCCUCCAGCCGCCAUCCCCAUGGACCUGCGCGUGGACCAUCACCAGCAGCAACAGCAGCAGCAGCAGGUGUCCUCGCUCUCCCCGCCCGCCCAACAGUCGCCCGGCUCCCUCGGAGGAACGGGCCAGGCCGGUGGAGGCGGCGGCAGCGUGGUGGCGGCGUCAAUGCACGAGCAGCAGCUGCAGCAGGAGCUGCUGGCCCUGAAGCAGAAGCAGCAGAUCCAGCGGCAGAUCCUCAUCGCCGAGUUCCAGAGGCAACACGAGCAGCUGUCCCGCCAGCAUGAGGCCCAGCUCCAGGAGCACAUUAAGCAGCAACAGGAGCUUCUGGCUUUGAAGCACCAGCAGGAGCUGCUGGAACAUCAGAGGAAGAUGGAGAACCACCGUCGGGAGCAGGAGCUGGAGAAACAGCAGAGAGAACAGAAGCUCCAGCUGCUCAAGAACAAAGAGAGGGGCCAAGAGAGCGCUGUGGCCAGUACUGAGGUAAAGAUGCGGCUCCAGGAGUUUGUCUUGAACAAGAAGAAAGCCCUGGCCCAGCGGAGCCUCAACCAAGGAGGCCUUCCCAAUGACGCUCCCUACUGGUACCGCAAAACCCAGCACAGCUCUCUGGACCAGAGCUCGCCUCCACAGACUGGUGUGUCCACCUACAACCACCCUGUGCUGGGCGUCUACAACCCCCGGGAUGACUUCCCACUGCGAAAGACUGCAUCUGAGCCCAACCUGAAGCUGCGCUCCCGGCUGAAGCAGAAGGUAAGCGAGCGUAGGAGCAGUCCGCUACUGCGUCGCCGAGACAGUCCCAUCACCACCGCCAAGAAACGCUCGCUCGACAUGGCAGACUCGGCAUGUAGCAGCGCACCCGGCUCAGGCCCAAGCUCUCCAAAUAACAGCUCCAACAACAUCCCUAAUGAGAACGGCAUCACUGUGUCAGUCUCCAACAACACGGAGGCGUCUUUGGCCCAGAGGCUAUGCAGCGGUGCUGAGCGGGGCUCCAUUAGCCAGCUGUCCCUCCACACUUCACCAUCCUUACCCAACAUCACCCUGGGGCUGCCUGCCACUGCCACGGCCACUGCUGCUUCCAGUGUGACCUCAGCCCAGCAGGAUGGAGGCCUUCAGCCGGCCCUCUCCCUCAGCCCUCCCUUCCUCUCCGGUGGCCACUUGACCUCCUACUUGGCGGAGGCUGGAGCGGGAACAGGCGGGCAUGGUGCACACAGUCCCUUGCUCCAACAUAUGGUGCUGAUGGAGCAGAGUCCAGCGCAGAGCCCCCUGGUGACAGGUGUAAGCGGCCUGUCUAUGCCGUCAGCGGCCUCCAUGGCCAAGCUGCAGCGGCAGCACCGGCCCCUGGGGAGGACCCAGUCGGCCCCGCUGCCCCAGGGGAGCGCGGCCCAGGCUCACGCGCAGGCCCUGGCCCUGCAGCAGCUGGUGGUCCAGCAGCAGCACCAGCAGUUCCUGGAGAAGCAUAAGCAGCAGUUCCAGCAGCAGCAGCUCCACCUCAACAAGAUGAUGGCCAAGCCCAGCGAGUCGUCCGUGGGCCGUCAGCACCAGAGCCACCCCGAGGAGACGGAGGAGGAGCUGAGGGAGCACCAGGAUGGAGGAGCCCUGCCACACGGGGUCACCAUCAAGCAGGAGCCCCCCGACCCCCAGGAGCUGCAGGAGGAGGUGCUGCAGCAGCAGCAGCAGCAGCACAGGGAGAGGCAGGCCGAGCAGGAGCUGCUCUUCAGACAGCAGGCCCUGUUGUUGGAGCAGCAGCGGAUUCACCAGCUGAGAAACUAUCAGGCCUCGAUGGAGGCUGCCGGCCUGUCCAUCUCCUUCCCGGGACACCGCCCCCUGUCCAGGGCCCAGUCAUCUCCGGCCUCCGCUUCCUCCUUCCCGAUCAGCGUCCCUGCACCCGAUCCUCCAGUCAAGCCUCGCUUCACCACAGGCCUCGUGUACGACUCCCUAAUGCAGAAGCAUCAGUGCAUGUGCGGAAACACCAACAGCCAUCCAGAGCACGCGGGGCGCAUUCAGAGCAUCUGGUCUCGGCUGCAAGAGACUGGACUCAGAGCUCAGUGUGAGUGCAUCCGUGGGAGGAAGGCCACUCUGGAAGAGCUGCAGACAGUUCACUCUGAAGCCCACGUCCUGCUGUAUGGAACCAACCCACUCCGACAGAAACUUGAUUGUUCAGUCACCCCCAUGUUUGUACGACUCCCGUGUGGAGGGGUGGGAGUGGACAGCGACACCAUUUGGAAUGAGGUCCACUCCUCCAGCGCGGCUCGCCUUGCUGUCGGCUCUGUGGUGGAGCUUGUUUUUAAAGUCGCUACAGGAGAGCUGAAGAAUGGUUUUGCUGUGGUCCGCCCUCCUGGACACCACGCAGAGGAAAGCACUCCCAUGGGUUUCUGCUACUUCAACUCUGUGGCCAUCGCAGCCAAACUGCUGCAGCAGAGACUCAACGUCAACAAGAUCCUCAUCGUGGACUGGGAUGUCCAUCAUGGCAAUGGCACCCAGCAAGCCUUCUACGAUGACCCCAGUGUCCUUUACAUAUCUAUUCAUCGCUACGACGACGGCAACUUCUUCCCUGGUAGCGGAGCACCUGAUGAGGUUGGCAGUGGCCCUGGAGUCGGGUUCAACGUCAACGUUGCCUUCACCGGAGGUCUCGACCCGCCCAUGGAAGAUGCGGAAUACCUGGCUGCCUUCAGGUCAGUGGUGAUGCCCAUAGCCAAUGAGUUUGCUCCGGACAUCGUGUUGGUCUCUUCUGGCUUCGACGCCGUCGAGGGACACCCCCCACCGCUGGGCGGCUACACUCUGACGUCCAAAUGUUUUGGUUAUCUGACCAGGCAGCUGAUGACCCUCGCCGGAGGCCGCGUGGUCCUGGCUCUGGAGGGAGGUCACGACCUCACCGCCAUCUGCGAUGCCUCCGAGGCCUGCGUGGCCGCCCUGCUCGGCCAGGAGCUGGACCCACUGCCCAAGGCCGUCCUCGAGCAGAGGCCAAACCCCAACGCCGUUCGCUCUCUGGAGAAAGUUUUAGAGACUCACAGUAAGUACUGGCGCUCGGUGCAGCGCUACUCGCCACGGCUCGGACUUUCUUUGCUGGAAGCCAAACGAGGAGACUCGGAGGAGGCUGAGGCCGUCAGCGCCAUGGCCUCUCUCUCGGUGGCCAACUCUAAUGCCAUGGAUCAAAGCAGGCCAGAGGAAGAGCCCAUGGAAGAGGAGGAACCGCUGUAACCGAUGGAAACAUGAGGGUGUCACCGCGUUACCAUUGACCUCUCCGGAGAAUGCCUCUUUGAUCAGCAAAGAGUCUCGACUGAUCCCUUCAUUUAGUCCCCAUAACCCGACUCACCACGUCAGUCACCUUGAUUGGCGGCCCCUCGGCCAAAACGAGGGAGAAGGGGUGGGCUCAGCCUCAGGAGUAGGGAGCCAAUCAGAAGACAGAAGAGGACUGAAUUGGAAAAAAUUAUUUAAACAUACCGGCAGCGCUCGCUCAGAGACAUUUUUUCUGUCAGUCUUCGCACCCAGACGUUAGCCCUCGGCGGCUGACCAAGUGAUCACGGCAGCGGGCGAGCAUAUUUGGAGCGGGUUGGGGGGGGGGGGGGGGACGAGAUCAGAUCUCGUCACAGAAAGGUGUGAUGACACUUGGGCGCAGAAACAUACGGUGCUUUACGGUGCUGCCCUCUGACCACAUUCAGUACGGACACCAGGGACAGCGGACGCCCCCGGCUGCCAAAAGGCGAGCUUGGGGAUUUUCUUUUUCCUUUUUUCUUGACUAUUUUUCCCUAAAGAAAUGGGAGCAUCACGGCAACUGAGAUGAUACUUUACUAAAUGUUUUCACUGUGGACUUUGGUCGGGCCGAAGUUUGAGUAGGCUUUUGCAAAGAUUUGAUGGUGAGACUGUCGCCUCGCCGGACCGGCCUGUUGUUGAAGGUUGACGAGUGAGAGGAGUGCCUUGGUGAGGGUCCGCCUGAUUUCAGGAUUGUUCAGGAAAAGAUUGCCUUAAGAUUUUCUCGCUGAGGAAUUGGCGCGAGGGCGGGAGAGACGGAGGAGAGCUUCAAGUCCUCUUGGGGGACGGGAAUGACGAAAAAUAUAGCAAACAAUCUUUCAGCAUGUUUACUUAGAACGUGACGAAGACAGCAUUUAUGUCUCUCACAGCCUCUCUUGAAGAGUUACUUUACUUUUUGGAUGGAUCUAUUUUUCUGUAAAAAAGAAGAAGAAAAAAAAAGAAGAAAGAAAUGAGAGCGCUUUGUAAAGGUAGUUGCCAGCUUCAGUAGAUAAAAAAAAAAGGUGCAAACAUGGAGACCUUCAAAGAAGGAGUUAGAAAACUUUCGAAAAGGUUUAGCCUUUAAUGUAGCUUCCCUUUAAUCGAAGUCGUCGCUUUGUAAAACGCAUGCAUUUGAGCAGAGAGGCCAGACGUGUUUGUUUUUUUUUUGUUUUCUUUUGUUUUUAUCUGCAAGAUAUUUUGAAUGUUAUCCAAAAGAGAAAGCCAAGCAAGAGAAGCCAAAGCAUGAGUUUGGAUUUACAGCAGUACUUUAACUCCACGUCGUUGGCAAGCCGACAAACAUUUCACGUAUUGGCCCUUUAAGACGAGGCUCCCAAUACCCCAGUUCAAUGUUUACUGAUUUCCUCCUUCACAGAUCAGGUGCGCCUGCCGAUCCCAUGCUUUGCCGGUUGGCAACUACCUUGGUUACUAUCGUGAGCUAAACAUCAGCCAUGUAUAUUGAAUUGAAUAUAUUUUGAGAGGCAGUGAUGGAGUAUUGUCUUGUUUGUAUCUACAUGUAUGAUUUCCACAUCAAGUUGUCAAUUCUGCAACAUCAGAAGUGUGUUUGGUAAGCGUGUCCACUCUUUUUUUUUUUUUACUUUUUAUUGUAUAAGAUUAUUUUUCUAACUUUUUUCAUCCAUAGAUUUUGUUCUGUGUUUUUUAUCCAUUUUCUGGAUAGUUAUAGGGCUGCCAUUCACGUCCUUAGUACUAUUGUUCUUUCUUUCUUUCUUGUAUUUAUCAAAACUAAGGAGCAACUCUUUCUUUCUUUCUUUCUACGGCUCCCUUAAAGCCUUUCUGCAUUUUCAUCGAUGAUGUAUUUAUAACAUGUACUGUUUAUAGGAGAUUUGUAUAUGGAAAAUUUAUAAAUGUACUCUAAACUAAUGACAGCUAUGAUAUUGUGAGAAAAAAACAACAAAAAAAACAGUAUGGUGUAAGAUGUUACUCCAUGAACUUUAAAAAAGCAGCAUAUUUAACUCGUCAUCGACUGCACUGUUUUCGAGUGGUUAUUACGCGGCACUGCAGUUGACUUUUUAAACACCUACAGAGUCGAGACAUUUGAUCACUUUGUUGCCUAAUCGAAACAUUUUCCUCUCGUGCAUGAGCGACAUGCGCUUACCUUUCAACUGUGACGACACCUCCCCUGCUAAAAAUAAAUAAAGAGGUUUAGAGGCCACCUUAUGUAGCUAGCUGAGUUUUCCGUGGCGGGAAAAUAAAAGAAGGGGACACAGAUGUCAAAGAAAGUGGAUUUUUAUUUUUCUUUAAACCAGCUCGGGACGGAAAACAUCAGCCAAUAAUUUUAAAGUCCUUCUCCAAGCAUGUGUUGCACUACUGUGUCCGUGACGUCAGUGUUUCCUUCUUCUCUUUUUCCUGCUUUGAAUUGGUCUGACACCACGAGUAGCUCAAAUACAUUCGAAUGAGCCCCCGUCUGUCAACUGCUUUGUUAAACACCCGAUUAAAGACGACUGUCAUGUUUAUUUUAAUGGGACUUUUCACCCUUCCCCCAAAAAUAUCAAAUGAACGUGUUUUUCCUCUGGCCUGUCGUGAUUUAUCCAUUUAGAUUGUUUUGGUGCACGUUGCCCAGUUUUGAAGAUAUCAGCUGUGGACAUGCCUGCCAUCUUUUGAAUGUAAUGGGACUAAUAAAAAGCUAAAAAAGAAAAUAAGAUGACCCAGUUACACAAGAAUAUCCACAAACCUUGCUGUGAGGAGUUUCAUGUAGGAACUAUUUUCUUUCUACCAAACUACAUCCACCAUUAAAGGCUUAGAUACCACAAUCGGGCUUGUACAAUGUAUCUAUGUCAGCGAGGACUUGGGAGAUCUGAGUAUGUGUUCUGACCCAUUUCUAUGUAUAAUGACACCUUUUGUGCUGCUUUUUGAUGUUCCAGUGAAGGAAAUGCCUAAACCAGGGGUCGGCAACCUGUAAUCCGGAAAGAGCCAUUUGAACCCGGUGAGAGCCGCAAAUACUAGUGGAAGCCGGUAGCGGCUACCGCGAGUGAUGCAUAUAUUGAG